AUGUCCGCCCUGCGUCCAGGCCCCACUCACCGCUCCCCACCGGCACUGCCCGACUCGCCUCCAGUGCCCAUACCAGCAGAGCGCUCCCUCUCUCCAGACGCAGCAGCUCCCCAGACAGCAGCUCCUCCGCCUCCGGUUCCCAAAGCGGAGAAACCGAGACCCAAGAUCCGCUCAACCAAGGCAGCACUGACCAUUACCAAAGACGCUGUCCUACGCCUUCGCAACCUUCUUAACAGCCCAACACCGCAACUCAUUAGAAUAGGUGUCCGGAACAAGGGAUGUGCGGGGCUGUCGUAUCAUCUGGAAUAUGUCGAAAAGCCGGGUAAAUUCGACGAAGUAGUGUCGCAGGACGGCAUUCAGGUUCUCAUCGACUCAAAGGCUCUCUUCUCAAUAAUUGGGAGUGAGAUGGAUUGGAAGGAGGACUCACUAAGUUCCAAGUUUGUCUUUAAAAAUCCUAACAUCAAGGACGCAUGCGGAUGCGGGGAGUCCUUUAAUGUCGCCUCAUGA